AGAGCACAUCGUAGCUCAGUUCUAUGCCACAUAUCAUUUUUGUUUUAAUCCUUGGAGUAGAUCUGUCUUUUUACAAUUUCAAGCCUCAGUAAAUGGUCAACUCAACAACUGUCUUCUGAGUCUUUGCUAUCUGUUAAGCUAUGCAGUGCGAUGCAUACGCAAGGGCAGAAUAGUAAAAAGACACUACUCAGCUGGAAAGGCAGCGAAAUAAUUCUGUGAUCAGCACGCUACUACUUCAACCUAAAGACUCAUUCAUCAGACAGCAGUACGAUGAAUGACCAGGAAGAAGAACUCCGGUCUGUGGACACCAGGUCCCGGGCCUCAAGUCACAGGUCAUCAACAAGGUCAAGCAAGUCAUCUGCCAGUGCUGCAGCGACAAGGGCAAGAGCUAAAGCCGAAGCAGCAAAAAUAAAGGUAUCCUUCGCAGAAAGGGAGGCAGCCAUGAUGAGGCAGAAAGCAGAGGUGGAGGCAAACCUUUAUGUUUUGAAGCUGGAAAGUAAAGCUGUGGCCGCAUCUAAAGAGGCAGCCAUAUUUGAAGCAGCUGCAGCAGAUUUGGAAGAAGGACAUCUUGGUGAGUUACAGGAUUUAGCUCAGGAGGAUCCAGCAAGACGCACAACAGAAUACAUUGAUAAACAUUCAUUUUUACAAAACACUCACCAACAGUUUCAAAACGUGGAAACACAGAAACUCACUUCUCACAAUAACGGACAGCAGGGCAUACAUUGGCCACACAAGGGUGCAGAUGAGCACAAACCCACUGAGGACCUACACUAUGCAUCGCUUCCUGUCUCUCCAGCAUUCGUUCCAAAUAACUACUCAGCUCCAACUCCUCAUACUCCUGAUCUUGCUCAGUAUCUCGUGAGAAAAGAGAUGGUGAGUUCUGGGCUCCUUGCCUUUGAUGAUCGUCCAGAAAAUUACUGGGCAUGGAAAUCAUCAUUCCAAGCAGUUACAAGGGAGCUGUAUCUGUCUGACCACGAAGAGCUCAACCUCCUUGUCAAAUGGCUUGGACCGGAGUCAGCAGCACAUGCAAAGCGGAUAAGGUCAGUGCACGUUCAUAACCCCACAGCAGGUGUCAGUAUGAUAUGGCGGCGCUUAGAGGAAUGUUAUGGAUGCCCAGAGGUGAUCGAAAAUGCCCUUCUAAAACGAAUAGAGACAUUUCCAACCACCUCAAACAAAGACAUCCACCAGCUCAGAGAGCUAGGUGACUUGCUACUGGAGAUAGAUGCCGCUAAAUCUGGUGGAUUCCUGCCUGGCCUAGCAUAUUUGGACACUGCAAGAGGUGUUAAUCCAAUAGUGGAAAAGCUUCCUUACAAUCUACAGCGCUGGGUAACGCAAGGCUCCAGGUAUAAGGAAGAUUAUCUUGUGCCUUUCCCACCUUUCAGCUUCUUUGUGAAAUUUGUAUGUGCCCAGGCAAAGAUCAGAAAUGAUCCAAGUUUUGCAUUCAGUCUCUCCUCUUCCCAAAGUGACAUUAGAGUGGAUAGAAUACCUAAAUACACUCCGAGAACAGCUGUUUCAGUUAGGAAAACUGAAGUGACUGCUUCUGCCUCACAGCAAGUGACUGACAAGAUUCCUCCCCUCGACACCAAUGCUCCUAUUCUCCUUCUGCUCGGAAGAGACAUUCUGCGUCUACAUAAGGUGCGUGAACAGUGUAACGGGCCUCACAACUCACCCUACGCCCAGCGCCUUGACCUUGGCUGGGUCAUAGUUGGAGAAAUAUGCCUGGAUGGGACUCACAAUUCAAACAAUGUCAACGUCUACAAGACCCAUGUCCUUCAAAAUGGACGCCCAUCCUUUCUUAAGCCGUGCACGAACAGCAUUCAGGUGAAGGAGAGGUUAAAUGGUCCAGCCAAGCAUCAUCUUCCAGCCCCAUCUCACAGCCUGGAAAACGUCCUUAAUGGAAGUUUAGAUUGUAUAGGAGAAAGUGUGUUUCGAAAAACACCUGAUGACGACAAACCAGCCCUGUCUGUGGAUGACAAGGUCUUUCUCCGAAUCAUGGAAAACGAGGUGUAUAUGGAUGAUGAAAACCACUGGGUGGCACCACUGCCCUUUCGCUUCCCCCGCAAGCCCCUUCCUAAUAACAGGGAACAUGCCUUGCAGCGUCUCUCCAGCGCUCAUUCAGAAGGAGACCAGACAUGA